CGGGCUGCGCCUGUCAACCCCGGCGCUCACUCCCUGCGAAGGCCGAGCCGGCGCCAUGGCGGUUCUGCUGGAGACCACUCUGGGCGACGUCGUCAUCGACUUGUACACCGAGGAGCGGCCGCGCGCUUGCUUGAAUUUCCUGAAGUUAUGCAAAAUAAAGUAUUACAAUUAUUGCCUUAUUCACAAUGUACAGAGGGAUUUUAUCAUACAAACUGGUGAUCCUACAGGGACUGGCCGUGGAGGAGAGUCUGUUUUUGGUCAGCUGUAUGGCGAUCAAGCAAGGUUUUUCGAUGUGGAAAAAGUGCCAAGAAUUAAGCACAAGAAGAAAGGCACCGUGUCCAUGGUGAACAAUGGCAGUGAUCAGCAUGGAUCUCAGUUUCUUAUUACCACAGGAGAUAAUCUAGAUUACCUUGAUGGUGUUCAUACAGUGUUUGGUGAGGUGACAGAAGGCAUGGACAUAAUUAAGAAAAUCAACGAGACCUUUGUUGACAAGGAUUUUGUACCAUAUCAAGAUAUCAGGAUUAAUCAUACAGUGAUUUUAGAUGAUCCAUUUGAUGACCCUCCGGAUUUAUUAAUUCCUGAUCGGUCACCAGAACCUACUAGGGAACAACUGGAUAGUGGUCGAAUAGGAGCAGAUGAAGAAAUUGAUGAUUUCAAAGGAAGAUCAGCCGAAGAAAUUGAAGAGAUAAAGGCAGAGAAAGAGGCCAAAACUCAAGCUAUUCUAUUAGAAAUGGUGGGAGACCUACCUGAUGCAGAUAUUAAACCUCCAGAAAAUGUGCUGUUUGUGUGUAAAUUGAAUCCAGUGACCACAGAUGAAGAUCUAGAGAUAAUAUUCUCAAGAUUUGGGCCAAUAAGAAGUUGUGAAGUUAUUCGAGACUGGAAGACAGGAGAAUCCCUGUGUUAUGCUUUUAUUGAAUUUGAAAAGGAAGAAGAUUGUGAGAAAGCAUUCUUCAAAAUGGACAAUGUCCUUAUAGAUGACAGAAGAAUACAUGUGGAUUUUAGCCAGUCUGUUGCAAAGGUUAAAUGGAAAGGAAAAGGUGGAAAAUAUACCAAGAGUGAUUUCAAGGAGUAUGAAAAGGAACAAGCUAAACCGUCUAAUUUGGUCCUGAAAGACAAAGUGAAGCCCAAACAGGAUGCAAAAUAUGACCUUAUCCUGGAUGAGCAGGCGGAAGACUCAAAAUCAAGUCACUCGCAUGCCAGUAAAAAACACAAGAAGAAAACUCGUCACUGCUCUGAAGAAAGAGAAGAAGAGGACUACCUGCCAGUCAAAAAUACUAAUCAGGACAUCUACAGAGAAAUGGGGUUUGGUCACUAUGAAGAAGAGGAAAGCUGUCGGGAAAAACAAAAGAGCGAAAAGAAAGACCGACCUCAAAACCGAAGUCGCAGCCGAUCUCGAGAAAGGGACAGCCACUACAGUGAUCGUCACAAAUCCAAGUACCAGACAGACCCCCAUGGAAGAGAAAGGAGUAAAAAGAGAGACCGAAGCAGGAGUCCCAAGAAAUCCAAAGAUAAAGAAAGAUCUAAGUACAGAUGAGAAUGAAAAAUCAUACAGGAGUGGCUAAAAUAUUUACUUAUCUAACUUGGAGUGAUAGAUGUUCAGAAUUUGUGUCAAAGCAGUUAAAGACUCUGCUUGGUUUUUUCCCCCACAUUCUCAUUAUGUUUCUUUUUAUAUUAAUACUGAUUGUGUAGAGCACAGAAAGACAAUAAAGAAUUGAACAUUUU